GUAAGUGUCAUGGCGAGCUCCAUCUGAAGUCUCUGCAGUUUCCGGAGAGUGGUGUGUUAAUUUCUUUCCUUCGAACAGGGAAGAUGCCUUCUGCAUCCUGUGAUACACUGCUGGAUGACAUAGAAGAUAUUGUGUCACAAGAAGAUUCAAAGCCUCUAGAUAGGCAUUUUGCGAGGAAGCAAGUUGUUCCAAGGGUGCGAAGGAUAAAAACCCAAAAAUACUUAGAAGAGGAAAACAGGCCACCAAGUGACAGCACCAUUCCAGGCAUACAGAAAAUUUGGAUACGAACAUGGGGUUGUUCUCAUAACAACUCAGAUGGAGAAUAUAUGGCUGGACAGCUAGCUGCUUAUGGAUAUAAAAUUACAGAUGAUGCAUCAGAUGCAGACUUAUGGCUCCUGAAUAGCUGUACUGUAAAAAAUCCAGCUGAAGAUCACUUUAGAAACUCCAUUAAAAAAGCCCAAGAGGAGAACAAGAAAGUAGUGCUAGCUGGAUGUGUUCCUCAAGCCCAGCCUCGGCAGGACUACCUAAAAGGAUUGAGUAUCAUUGGGGUUCAACAGAUAGAUCGUGUGGUAGAAGUUGUAGAAGAAACAAUUAAAGGUCACUCUGUAAGACUGCUCGGCCAGAAGAAGGAUAAUGGAAAACGGUUGGGGGGAGCACGACUGGAUUUGCCAAAGAUUAGGAAGAAUCCACUGAUAGAAAUCAUCUCCAUCAAUACGGGGUGUCUCAACGCUUGUACCUACUGCAAAACUAAACAUGCCAGAGGAAAUUUGGCCAGUUAUCCAAUUGAUGAACUAGUAGAUAGAGCUACACAGUCUUUUCAAGAGGGUGUUUGUGAGAUAUGGUUGACCAGUGAAGACACAGGGGCUUAUGGCAGAGAUAUUGGCACCAGUCUCCCUGCACUGUUGUGGAAACUGGUCGAAGUGAUCCCCGAGGGAGCAAUGCUGAGGCUUGGCAUGACAAACCCCCCCUAUAUUUUAGAGCAUCUGGAGGAAAUGGCGAAAAUCCUUAAUCAUCCCCGAGUCUACGCUUUUCUGCACAUACCAGUCCAGUCUGCCUCAGACUCGGUACUCAUGGAAAUGAAAAGAGAAUACUGCGUGGCUGACUUCAAAAGAGUAGUGGAUUUUCUGAAAGAAAAAGUUCCUGGAAUAACUAUUGCUACAGAUAUUAUCUGUGGUUUUCCUGGAGAAACGGAUCAAGAUUUUCAAGAAACAGUGAAACUCGUUGAGGAAUACAAAUUUCCAAGUCUCUUUAUUAACCAGUUUUACCCAAGACCAGGAACUCCUGCUGCAAAAAUGGAACAAGUUCCAGCUCAAGUGAAAAAGCAAAGAACAAAAGAUCUUUCUCGGGUAUUUCAUUCUUACAAUCCAUAUGAUCACAAGAUUGGUGAAAGACAACAAGUGUUAGUGACAGAAGAAUCUUUUGAUUCCAAGUUUUAUGUUGCACACAAUCGAUUCUACGAGCAAGUUUUAGUGCCAAAGAACCCCUCGUUCAUGGGGAAAAUGGUGGAAGUGGAUAUUUAUGAAUCAGGAAAACAUUUUUUGAAAGGGCAACCGGUAUCAGACGCCGAAGUGUACACACCAUCCAUCAGCAAACCGCUAGCAAAGGGCGAGGUCUCGGGUUUGACAGAGGAAUUCAGAAGUAGGCUUGGGAAUCACCCGAGUCCACCAGGUCCUGCAGCUGCUGCAAAUCAACACCACUCUGUGAGUUCUAGAAUGGCGCUGCACUUGCAAAGGCUGCAUCAUCACUGCGCUCUUGGGACUUCUGUGGGCCUGGCUCUGUGCGCCCUGCUCUUUGCUUUUUUUCUCAAAGUCUACGAUUAAAACACAACUAAAUGAAACAUCGGUGAAGAAGAAUAAACCUCUCAUUUAAGUCUUCAAUGAACAGGAAAGUGAUCACAUCAGUUCUCAAAGGGCAGUAAUUUGUACCAGUCUCACUGCCUCCUCUCUGGCCACACUUUUUAAUGACACCACCAUCUCGCAUGGACUUGAGCCACUGGUUCCUUGACCUAAAACCUAGUAAUGGUGGCCAUGGCAUAUCUUUUAAGUUAAGCUAUGUUUGGCUUAUUUUUAGCAAGAGAAGUAAAAAAUCUCCCGUCUUCAAGCCAGAACGUAAAUGCAGAGUCUCUCUGGUCAGCUUCUCCUUGUGUGGGAAGAAUCUUCAGUCUUUCAUAAACACUUUAAAGUGUAUCUUCUUUUUAUGCCUUGUUUGGAGACCCAAUGCCACAAAUAUCUUAUUUUUCACAGCAGAUGUGUUUCUGAAAAGUUUAUGAUGAAAACUGUUUUUGGAACUUAAAUGCUUUUGGAAUGCACAGGGUGAGUCUGCCAAUCACAGGACCAUUUUGAGACUCAAGGAAUCACCCACUUCUUUAGUACCUGAAAAUUUGCAAAGCCUGGAUUUGUCUAAAACAAGCUAAGCCCAUUUCCUGACAUUUUUUAUUGAUUAUAUUAGAUGUUUUUAUUUCUACCUGACAUCACUGACCUUCACUGAACAAAGUGACUUCUUUAACAAUAAAAGGAAUUUGUGUGAUAAGCUGGCCUUAUGUCUAUGAGAAUUUAGAGUAAACGCUGUGGAUUGUCAAGGCACAAUCAAGUGCUCUGUGAUUGCCAGGAGCCUUGUUUCAACUUUAAACUCAUGCUCCUGUUCAGUGCUUCCUUUCAUCUCAAAUAUUUUCAGCUUUUAUAUGCCUUUUAAGGAACUCAAAAUUUAAUUUUGUCAUCAGUUGGUGAGUUAAAAACAUAAAACUUUGGGGUUAGCACAUUUCUCUGGUAUGUGCUUUGGAGAGGAAUUUACAUGCAAAAUACGAAGGAUGUAUCAGAACUCCUUCAAGGAGUCCAUCAGUUGAACUUGCAUUUGAAGCCCUCCUCAAUUCAC